AUGUUCUUCUUGCCAUAUUUGGUCGCGACGAGUGUUAAAAAGACUCCAACUACGUCGGCGGCGGCGAAGGAUUCUGAAUCCCGUUCGCCAGCACGGUCGCUGAGAGCGCAGAAACCAAAGAAAUCGCCGACGAAGGCUGCCGCUAAAAAAAGUAGUGGUGGCUCACGAUCGAGAAGCAGAAGCCGUGGACGUCAAACCGCUGUGAAGACUCCUCCGGCCCGAGCUGCUUCCAAGUCGCGAUCGACGUCCCGUAGUCGCGCGGCCGCCGUUCCGAAGAGCGAAUCGAAAGCCGCCAUCAAGACGACACCAAAAACGACUGUGCGGAAGCUUGAGACUGCAAAAGAAUCCGCGACCGGUGAGCGCACGAGCCGCACGUUUGAGAGGGCCGACGAUGAGUCGCGCAGUCUUCGCCAUUUGACGCAAUCGCGAGAGCGACCGGCCAUCAACUUGCAGAGUUCGCCACACCGUCCGCUGCCAGCAGGCGCUCCGCAAUGUUGCGCCAUUUUUGGCGGAAUCAAACAGGGCAUCUGCAACAGAGUGAAGUCGGCGACGAAUCGCGUGAAGACGUCGCACAGAAAUCUGAAGCGACGCAUGGGAUUCUGGUAUCUCGAGGCGAUUGUGUUCCUGAUUCUCGCCGUUGUCGUCACAUUCGUUUUUGUGCAAAUCCAGAAGAACGAUCCCGCCAAACUUCGCCUUCUCGUCACUAGCAAUGUGAACAAAGGAAUCAAAUAUGUGACAGAAUCCGCAUUCAAACUUAAAGACAAGUUAUCGAAAAAGCUCUAG